UUUAUUCUUCACUACUCUCUGUCCAGUGGAGGAGUGUGUUUGUUUGGUGAAGCCUCAGAUAUGUCUCACCCAGCUGAGGAGAAGUGGGAGCCUGGGAGAUUCUGGUGAGGGACCAGGAGGUCUGUUCAUCUGUCUCAGCACAGGGGGACCAGCAUUGCAUGCAAGCAGGGAGAAUGCUUUGAGGACCACUGCAGCCCCUCGUUGAAAGAGUGCUGCCUGCGCUUAUCCGAGGGCUCAGAGCUCCGUGUCCAUACAGCGCCUGGAAACCUGAGCGGGAGGCCGCUGGCCAUGGGAGCCUCCAGGGUGAAGGUGUGGCUGUCACUCAGCUCUGUGUUCCUGCUGUGUGUCCUGCCCUCUCAGGCCCAGCAUGAUUAUUCUGGUUUACAAUCAGCCACUGUGGUCACUAUGAUCACCGAGGAAACAUACCCGUAUGCCACAGCCGUGGAGUCGUUUGAUUAUGCCAAAGAGGAUAAAACCUUGAUAACACAGGUCCCAUAUGGAGGAGAUGCUGAGCUGGGACUGGAAGGACCCACCGAAUGUGACUGUGAAGCAGGAGAGCCCGGAUUUGGAGGCUUCGCUGGACCCAAGGGUUCUAAGGGUCUUCAAGGCAAACAGGGUUUUCCUGGGGUUCAAGGAAGGGAGGGUUACAAAGGAACCAAAGGAGUGAGAGGAAGAGGAGGAGACACCGGCCCUGAGGGCGACUCUGGGCCUGAUGGAGAGGAUGGUGCAUCUGGUUUCUCUGGUGCAAUUGGCCUUCCCGGGUUACCAGGGGACCCUGGAGAAACUGGCCAACCUGGAUUAAAGGGUGAUUUCGGAAUAGAAGGCUCGCAUGGAGGAGUGGGUCUCCCUGGAAAGACUGGUCCUGUUGGCCCAAAAGGUAAACCUGGAAAACCAGACGUUAAAGGUAUUAAGGGCUUCACUGGCAAAACAGGAGAACAAGGUCCUGAGGGACGACAGGGACAGAAGGGUCAGACAGGAGCACCUGGAUUCCCAGGAGACCAUGGAGAGCAGGGUUACUUGGGUUAUCCAGGAGUUCCAGGAGACCGUGGGGUGACGGGACCAAAGGGUGCUAAAGGUACAGGUGGCUUGCCUGGGAGUGAUGGAGAGCCGGGAGAGGAUGGUCCUCUGGGUGUUCCAGGAGUUGUAGGGGUGCCUGGGCCUUUUGGACCUAAGGGUUUGAAAGGUGAUAGUGGUGUGAGGGGGCGACCUGGAAGAGUAGGAACUGUGGGUCCACAAGGAGACAGUGGGGAUGCAGGAGCUCCAGGGAAACCUGGACCAAAAGGCUUGCCUGGGCCAACAGGUGCCAAAGGGGAAACAGGACCAGAUGGUGAAAAGGGGGCAGCAGGACGUAAAGGAGGGAAGGGUGCUAAAGGGGAUAAGGGAGACGCUGGAUCUCGUGGUGACAAAGGGCAGCGUGGGGUGAAGGGUCGUUUCGGUCGUGAUGGGCUUCCUGGUGCUAUUGGACCUCCAGGUCUUCCAGGUCCCAGAGGAGAUGGAGGCCCUAGAGGAGACCAGGGAGUGAAAGGACAGAGUGGGCCGAAAGGAGAGCUAGGUGAACCUGGUCCAGGACUGACAGAUGAGCAGAUAUUGCAGCUGUGUCAAGGUGUGGUCACCGCUCAGAUCUCCCAGUAUGUUUCAUCUAUACGUGCCAAAUGCGUACAGGGCUGUCCAAUCAACAACCGUACCCUCAUCGGACCCCCAGGAGUCACAGGAUCUCCUGGAAGUCCAGGAAAACCUGGUAAAACAGGAAAGGCAGGUGCUAAAGGAGAAAGAGGCCCUCAAGGCAUGAAAGGUGUAGAGGGCCAGAAGGGAGCUCCAGGGGACAGAGGUGCUAAAGGUCUAAAAGGACAGAGAGGUGAACCUGGAAAAGGUCUACCAGGACAUGAUGGUCACCAAGGUCUCAGAGGACUGCCAGGCCAUCCAGCAGAGCCAAAAGAUGGAAUUGAUGGGCCGCGAGGACCCCGUGGGUUUUCCGGGCCUGUGGGUCAACCUGGCAUGGCCGGCGAUGCAGGAAUACCUGGCAUGUGCGAGGCACGAGACUGCAGCAUUCAUGCGCCUGUAGUGCGCAAAGAGAUGGGAUUGGUUAAAGGCCCUUUCAGCCAGGCCUGACAACAGGGACAAAUGUGAGUGACCCAGGACAGGAGAUAAUCUCCAGCAGAGG